AUGUUUCUGGACGAGUACGAAGGCGUCCCCUAUAAGGUGAGAAUAAUUGAGGGUUGAAUUAUUAAUAAAUUGAAUUAUUUAGUAAUAGUCUUAUCUGUGAACAUGAUUAAUUUUCAUUUAGUAAAGUCGAACCCCUUUGAGCAGGCACCAUUGGGACCUCGCCAGAUUAGUUCAAGGAAUCGAGCUAUUAGGGUUUAUACUACAUUGAUAGAAAUACUGCAAAACAAUAGCAAAUAUGUGUCUAGUGAAUUUUCUUCAAAUUGAUUUUCACCAUUGAUUGUUAUGAAAAUUUGAUUUAGCAUAUUUACAAUCAUUACGUUUAAGAGACAUUAUUCGGCUCAUUGGGACGCGAAGUGUCCGCUUAGUAGAGGUAUCCACUACAAGGAAUUUUAUUAAAGAGAUCAUUGGGACCAAUAGGUGUACGGCGGUAGCUUUAUACUGGAUAGCUGUAUUAGUUCUAAACUGUUCUUCCUAUGCUAAACUAUUCUCCCUAUAGCUCUAUCAUAUCUCCAUAUAGCUCUACUAGUUCUAAACUGUUCUAUAUGGCUCUACUAGUUCUAAACUAUAACUAUAUCUCCAUAUAGCUCUAUUAGUUCUAAACUGUUCUAUAUAGCUCUAUUAGUUGUAAACUAUAACUAUAUCUCCAUAUAGCUCUAUUAGUUCUAAACUGUUCUUCCUAUGCUAAACUAUUCUCCCAGCUCUAUUUUAUCUCCAUAUAGCUCUAUUAGUUCUAAACUGUUCUAUAUAGCUCUAUUAGUUCUAAACUGUUCUUCCUAUGCUAAACUGUUCUCCCUAUUUUCAGGUAUUAAAAUACACGGCAGGUCAAAUCAAUUACGGAGGGCGUGUCACGGAUGACUGGGAUAGGCGGUGCAUCAUGACAAUCUUGGCCGAUUAUUAUCAACCAGAUGUUCUGGAACCUGGCCACAAGUUCUCUGAGGCUGGAGUUUACCAUCAGUUGAAGGGCGAGACACCCCAUGAGGUAAUGAGAUGAUUAUGAAUCAUUCUCAAAAUCAAUUGCUGCUGAAUUAAAAUAGUUUCAUUCCAUAUCGGUUUUUCCAUGAUGAAAUAUGCUAUCGAAAAUACCUAUCAAGCCACCUUAAUUAGCCAUAAGAUAACAAACUCAAUUGUAUAAUACAUCUCAUCCAUUGUACCCUAGGGCUAUCUUCACUAUAUUCGAGGUCUACCCAUCAACGACACGCCAGAAAUAUUCAGUCUACACGAUAACGCCAACAUCACCUUCGCACAGAAUGAAACUUUUGAUCUCUUACAUGGAAUAUUGACUAUGCAGCCCAAGACUACUGCGGGCGCAGGGAAAUCACGCGAAGAG